CUCCGUAGUAUCUUUAUUCCUAGCUCCCAUCCUCAUCAGUUGUCUCUUCGUUUCUUUCUCCCACCUCAGUGGAUGCCAGAUGGUCUGCCUGUCAGAAAUGGCAGGCAAGCGGAAUCGGACGGCCUUCGAGGCUGACCUUCAAGCCCAUCAGUCUCCCUACGCCCUAUACGGAACCCCUCUCCCGCCACUGGAUGCGGGAGUGCGCGAUGAUGGCUCCUACGUGCCCAUCUGGAAGCAGGAGGUGACGGACGAUCGAGGCAGGAAGCGCCUGCACGGGGCUUUUACAGGCGGUUUCAGCGCCGGGUGAGCUCAUGGUUCCCCGCGGCGCUCUGGACAGCAUGACUAAAAUCUUUUUUUUCUCUCUCCUGUUGAUAGAUACUUCAACACCGUCGGUUCUAAGGAAGGCUGGACGCCCGCCACUUUUGUCUCGACGCGGCAGAACCGUGCCA